CUCUAAAGACUCCCUUCUCUUUCUCACUCUAUAUAGCUCCUUCCUGGUAGGUUCUGCUUCUCUGCACCGCAGAACUCGCUAGAUCUGUGAUUACCAAAAAUUGUUUAGUGCGAAUUCGUCAGUAAAAAAGUAGAUUCUGCAAUUUCGGCUCUAUACACAGUCCGGCCACGAAGAACAAAACCAACCCAUUGUGAUUUGUUGUGAAGGCCAUGGCUUCCAACCAAACUGCUGAAGUGUCUGUGAGAAUUCUGAUAGAUGAAGAGAACAACAGAGUAGUUUGUGCGGAAGCUGGUAAUGAUUUCGUCGACAUUCUCUUCAGUUUCUUGACCUAACCGAUAGGCACCAUUGUCCGACUCAUCUGCAACCAGCAAGCAGAGCUUGGCUGCAUCAACAACUUGUAUGGAAGCAUAGAAAAUCUCAGUAUAACCAGUUUGUGGACUGAUGCUUGCAAAGAUAUGCUGCUUCAUCCGAGAAGUCCACUCAAACCCUUUUGCAGGGGCUUGAAAGUGAAUGUCAAUGAUACAAAGCCUCUCAGGUACUUUAUAUGUUCUGAUGUAUGCAUUCAAAGGUACCGCUCUGGAUUUUUGAGUAAUUAUGCGAACGCAAGAUGUAGUAGAUGUUUGGAGUUGAUGAGCACAGAGAUUUCAGUAGUGGGUUCUGAAUUCAGUGCCGAUUCAAUGGAAAAAAAAACAGAUGGAAUAUUUGUCAAGCGAUCCACAGCUUAUAUUGUUAGUGACAAUCUUCAAGUAAUGGUCAGCAGAACUGGAGCUCUAGUUGAAUUGCUUGGCAAUGUUGGCAUCGAAGAUGUAAAUAGUCUCAAUGAAAGGGUCCUGAAGGUUGGCUCAAAGGAGAUUUUGAAUCUGCUCGAGCACUCUUUGCUUUCUGAUUCACCUUUGACGGAUGUAUUUUUGACUAACAAAAGAUUCAACUCCAAAAGGAGUAAAUUGCUCGAGCCAAGGGAUCAUCAAUUCCUAUCACAAAACAUACCAGGAACGGCCACCGGUGAAAGUAUGGCAGUGAAGAUUAUGGUAAGAAAAUCUGAUGGGAAGGCAAUGUACGCCGAGGCCAUGGAAGAUUUCGUUGAUCUUCUCUUAAGCUUCCUCACAAUUCCCCUAGCAAAUGUAGUUGGAUGUUUGGAUGGAGAUUCUUCGUUGGGAUGUGUAGGUAACUUGUUUAGCAGCAUAAAAAGUUUGAACAACAAGUGGUUCGCGACACAUAGAGUGCCAUGGAGUGACUCUGAUCAAUGCUCAAACCACCUACAACUCGAUGUUGGGCUUGUUUCGAAAUUCAAGUGCUCCAGCCAGCCAUUUCAACUACAAGAAAGAAUUCCAAAUUUUUAUUAUCAUGACGGUGAAUUGUCAACCAAGGUUUUGUGGCUGACAUAUAGAAGGCCUAGUGUCAAUAAUAGGUGGUUAUCAGAUAUAACCUUAAUUGACCCGAAGUCCCCUAAAUGGGAAAGAAGUUUUGAAGAAUUUGUGAAAAGGCCGGGAUUAUUCCUAGUAUCUGACGGUUUGGUGGUGUUGCCAUCUGCCGGUAUCACUUCGAGCAUCUCUUAUCUGAAGGAUUUAGAUGUUUCUAUUGAUGAUAUGGAGGAGCAUGUGAUUAAAAUCAACAAGCAAGAGGCAUUGAACUUAUUGAAGGCAUCUUUGAUCACUACAUCAGGUUUAACAAGUGUCCUUGACCUUCAUUUGAAGAAGCCUAAGCAAAAAUCGUGACAUUUUCAUGAGACACGAAGUGAAUUAGAAAGUUGGUGUGUUUAAAUUCUGGACAUUUUGAUCAAUCCAUGCCUAUGAACUUAAUUAUAUUAUUAACUAAUGUAAGUUUUUUCCUUUA